AUGGUCAUCGACUUCCACGGCCACCAGCACAUUGUACUCGCCAUCUUCCGGUUCUCAGACUCUGCGACGCAGCUGUCGUGGCGAGCGACCUCGCGGUUCUUCCGCGACGCGGCCAUGAACCUGCCCGCCCCAGAGCACCUCGUCGUCGACCCGCACAGUGGACGAAUGUUACUGCGAACGCCAGACGGGCAUAUUCCUCCAUCCCUUGUUAGGUGGCUCGCACUGCAGGACUACGGGUUUGAGCGCUCGACCCCAAUAACAACUCCGUGGCCCGACGAAGAUCCAAUGCAUCUCACAGAUUCAGACUACGUCCCUUCCGACGACGGCGACAAUGACGAUGACAUGGAUGUCGACGACUUGGACACUCUCGAGGAGGAAGAUCGACGCGCACGUGCAGAGCUGCAAGAGGUUGAGGACUGUCCUUGCUGCCAGAAGUGGGAGGCGGCCAUGCUUGCCCAGCUGCCGGAGGCGAAUGCCCAACUCGACCCCAUCAUUGACUACGCAAGCGAGCUGAAGCGCUACGAUCUCGAAAUCAUGUCCCAACAGCUACUGCGGUGGAGCCACGAGUUUGAAAAGGAACGCUUCGAUGGUAUCAUUGUACCCAGCGAGUUCAAGCCAUACCCCAUCCAACAGCCUGGCCCGAAGCCCGUUAUUGAUCCGCUCCCUCUUGACGAGGUGGAUGACCACGAACACACGCACGAAGUUGCGAAUGAGGCUUUCUGGGCCGCGAGGGCGGCACGCAUGUCGCGUAUCAAGCAGGCUUUUGAGCACAGUGUCGCCAAGACGCGCGUACUGGAUGUUCCGGGCCCUGCAAUCUUGCACGGCGUGGAACACUUUACAUCCCUCGAGGUGAUCCGAUACGUAGGGCGUUUAGAAAUCUCUCCGGCAUGGGGCGAAUGGACCGCGCCGACACUGGUGCGAUUCUUCGACUUGGUUCCACCUCUCGACAAGUGGUGGGAGCCUGUCAAACUCUACCCGUAUAUGCCUAUCGGUCCCCACGGCAUAGAUAUUGCUCAUAUGGCCUAUCGUUCUGAUGUGGAUCAGAACCCGUGCCGGCCGGUCAAGAAGGCUGUUUUCAGCAUCAACUACCACCCCGAGCACCCGCAUUUGCGCUCGUGUUCAGUCCACCCGGGUCUGCUUUACGACGAUUACAACCCUGAGCUGGAACAGCUCGUGUUCAUCCUCGUGCCAUCGACUGCCGCGGCACCGCCUCACGCCCUUGGCUGCGAGUUCCACCCAGGUCACCCCUACAACGGUAGGGAAGAAGGGGAAGACGGGCAAUACAUCUGUCCCUACAGCGGUAGGGAAGAAGGGGAAGACGGGCAAUACAUCUGUCACUGCACUGGCUCGGAACCACCUCUCCAGUUGGAUUUCGGGCCCCUAAGCAAUCUGGUAGGCAUCGCCCUGAAGAAUCACCGCGGGAUCCUUGACAGUUGGGUGGGACAGCGCGCUCGACCGCGCGUGACCAUCGUGGGCCUCGUUGAGUUGGGAAACGAGGGGCUCGGACUUGUCGAUGGGUGGUUCUACAGGGGUGAAGAGCCGUAUGAUACGCUCAGCACCGCCGAGCGCCUGUAUGCCUGCGCCGCGUUCAAUAACAUGCAGGACGGGAGGCUGGCGUAUCCGAGCUGGAGCGAGUGUGUCGCGCUCGCCAAGCAGUGUAUGCGGUUUGUGAGUUUGGACGAGUACAAGGCCGAGGUUGGCGAGCGGCAGUUUCAUCUCGAGACCGUGUCCCCAGCUGCCCCGCCCGCGGAGGCUUCGUGA